GCUGAGCUCCGCUUUCAUUCGUCCGGAGGCGGGAGUUGUUCGCGACACCUUACAAUCCAUUCCCCUCACCAGCACGGCCUAACAAUGGCGACUCCAACGUCUGUGCUAUCACCGCAUGAGAAAACAAGAGUCGAAGACUAUCUGAAUGACAAGGUCCAGGUGUCUGCCGAUUUUGAAAGCCUUGAUUCUUUGCUGUCCAGCCUACGCGCCCAGCAUGAGCUUCAACGAAAGCAGCUAGCAGAAGCUCAGGAAGCUCUCUCCAAUGCGACCAAAGCCUCUAACGACCAUGCCGAAGCGACUCGCAAGCGCGCCGAAACGUUCAAUGAGCAGCAGGCAGAUAUCGAUAGGCGGUUGAAUGCCCUCACGGGGUCGGAUGCGAGUGACGAAGCCGCAAAACGAUUUGAAGCGAGUAUAGAAAAGCUUAGGAGGCUCGAGUUGUCAAAAGGCUAUGUGUCUUUACUGAAGGAAGCAGAGGGAUUGAGCAAGGAAGCCUUAACGAACAUACGAUCCUCACACAAAUCGGCCAUAACACCCUACGCCCGGCUGCGAACCAUUGUUCAGGCUUUGAAAGAGGCCCAGCCUGCAGCAGAAGGAGCCGCCCCUCACCUGGUUGACUAUGUGGGAAAGCUAGCAUCUACACUGAGAGACCACAUGAAAACCGACUUCACAAAGAGGCUACAAGGGACAUUGGAGCAAAUGAAGUGGCCGUCGAAGGAUCUAUAUCUUCCGGAUAGUAUAAAGGCACAGUGGAAGGACCAUGUAGGGCUACUGCUCGACCUUCAGACACCUGAACUCCAAAGCCGCGAUGCUUCGAAAGAGGAAUUUAUCAAGCCUCCGAUAUUGCUACCUCUGGAAGUGAUGGUCCAUCCACUAGAGCUUCGUUUUAAAUACCAUUUCAGCGGAGACAAGCCAACGAAUAGGCUUGACAAGCCGGAGUACUUUCUUGCCCAUGUAAUGGACUUGAUCAAUAAUUUCGGCGGCUUUUUUGCUUCAUCCUUGCAGCCUAUCUUUGAUGAAAAGGCUCAGGCCGUCGGGUCUGACAUGGAGUGGAACUUCUGUAAUGCCUCGCAUGCUUACAUUACGGCCCUUUUGCCGAUUCUGAGACAUAAAAUAACUACGUAUCUUCCCCAGAUCUCGAACCAUCCGCAGCUGCUGAGCCAUUUUGUCCAUGAAUUGAUGAAUUUCGACAUAGAAAUCCGCGAGACAUGGAAUUACAUACCGGAUCCCUAUACUGAUGAUAAUUGGAAGGGCAUGACGUGGGAGGUACUGACCGAGCGAGGUUGGUUUGACCGUUGGCUUCAGGUCGAAAAGGACUUUGCCCUGGCACGAUACAAAGAGAUUGUAGAUGCCCCGGAUAGCGGUCAUAUCGAUUAUGAAGGCGUUGAUAGCUCAGCAACAAAACCGACCAAGGCAGCAAUUCGUGUCAAUGACCUCCUUGAGACAAUAACCGAGCGUUACCAACCUCUAUCGUCAUUCAGCCAAAAGUUGCGUUUUCUUAUCGACAUUCAAAUCACGAUAUUUGACCAAUUCCAUGAACGCUUACAUUCGGCGCUGGAAGCCUACCUCGCAAUGACAUCGACAAUUGGCCGCACAGUGCAAGGUGCGGAUGGGGCGAGCGUGGAAGGCGUUGCAGGAUUAGAGCGGCUCUCCAGAGUCUUCGGAAGUGCCGAAUUUCUCGAAAAGAAAAUGGAAGACUGGAGCAACGAAGUGUUUUUCGUAGAGCUUUGGUCUGAGCUCCAAGAAAGAAUUCGGCAGAACAAGGACGGCGGCAAGAAUGUGGCUGGCUCGAUGUCUGUUGCGGACGUGGCAUCGCGAACGUCUCAAUCCGUCGCCAACGGCAGUGGCCGUGGAGAGGCCUCCGAAGGCGCCCUGUUUGAUGAGACAGCAUCUGCAUACCGUCGUCUGAGACUCCGAUCCGAAUCAGUCAUCACCUCGACUUUGACUUCAAACGUGCGCACUGCCCUUAAAACCUACUCUCGCGUCUCGACAUGGGCAACCAUUUCUGCUACUUUGGCUUCUCCUUUGCCCCCAACUUCUGAUCUUGCGCCCGCAAUGCGAACUCUAUCCACUGAAAUCUCAUUCCUCUCUCGUACAUUGGGUAUUGCGCCCUUGCGCCGUAUCAUUCGACAAGUACUUCUUUCCAUCCAAACCUACAUCUGGAACAACGUCCUCAUGAGGAACAAGUUCUCCGCUGCGGGAGCGACGCAGCUGAUUAGCGAUGUUGAACAUCUUUGCAAUGUCACUGACGUAGCUCUCGGUCCAGCGGCCCAAGUGGGCAGCUCGGCGAACGUGCUCAGGAGGCUCAACGAGGGCCUCACGCUCCUCGGAUUGAGUAUCAGUGCGUCGAAGGCAACAGAUGACGAGUCUGCAUCCCAGGCCAAAGACCAGCGAGGAGCGACACAGCUAGGGCUGUGGGAGGUAGAGAAGAGGCUGUUCAAGGACAACGAGAGCGCGAGGGACCUUCUUACUGAACUAAACAUCGAGACUCUCUCCGGAGCGGAGGCAAGAAGUGUCCUAGAGAGGCGAGUCGAGAUUGGUAGUUGAAUUCUUGGCGAUCUUGCAUCACGUUGGUUAUUACUGGGCUUUGACGGGGCUAAGAUGCUUUUAACUUUAGCGUGCAUGAAAUAUGUAGAUAUGAACCUACU